AAGAAACAAGAGCAGAAGAUUUUUCCAGAGUUGGAAAAUUCCGAGUCACAGGUCCACGUGUAAUAUUCUGGAAAACGAUGAAAUUCUUUUGUUUCAAGUGGUUGACGUGAAUGUGAUAGUACGGAAGACAGGUACCAGAAGGACGUCCAGAAACCGAAACAUGGAAUCUCCAAGAUUAGAAGGUGGAAGGAUUAAUUUGGAUGCCCCUCGUUAUGACCAGUCAACAUUUCUUGGACGUGCAAAACACUUUUUCACAGUUACUGACCCAAAGAAUAUUUUACGUUCAGCAAAAGAACUGGAGGAUGCAAAAGAACUUCUUUUAAAGUACAGACAGAAACAAGAACCUGCUGGAACCACUGAUGUACAAAUUUGGACUGCUAAGAAAGUGUACGAGUCAGCUUUCCAUCCUGAUACAGGAGAUAAAAUGUUCCUCAUUGGUCGAAUGUCAGCACAAGUGCCAAUGAACAUGUCAAUAUGUGGUUGUAUGUUGACAUUUUACAAGAGCACAUCAGCUGUCCUCUUCUGGCAGUGGAUCAACCAAUCAUUUAAUGCAGUAGUGAACUAUACAAACCGGAGCGGAGACUCUCUUAUAACAAAUAAACAGUUGGCAAUGGGAUAUGCAUUUGCCACAACAGGUGCUGUUGCUGUAGCUCUGGGAUUAAACCACCUUACUAAGUCAGCUCCACCUUUGAUUGGUAGAUUUGUUCCAUUUGCUGCUGUUGCUGCGGCAAACUGUGUAAACAUCCCUCUUAUGCGACAAACGGAGUUGUUCAGGGGAAUACCUGUAACUGAUGAAGAUGGAAACAAAAUUGGAGAAUCAAAGGCUGCAGCACGGAAAGCCAUAGCAAGCGUUGUGUUUUCCAGAAUAGUUAUGGCAUCUCCUGGAAUGUCCAUCCCACCAAUUAUAAUGAACUAUCUAGAUUCAAAGCCAUUUAUGAAGAGAUGGCCAAUUUUAGCUUCUCCAAUUCAAGUUGGAUUAGUGGGAUUGUGCUUGGUGUUUGCAACUCCCUUGUGUUGUGCAAUCUUUCCACAAAAGAGCUCCAUAGCAGUCUCAAAACUUGAACCUGAACUUCAAGAAAUCAUCAAACAAAGAGGAGGAACUCCACUGAAAUAUGUCUACUUCAACAAGGGACUUUGAAUCAUAAUUAUAUUAAUUUUAUUAGCUAGAGUUUUUGUGCAAUUGAUGUGUGCAUCUUACAGAAUACUAACAUUAUUUUUGUCACCAUGUAUAUCAGGUGAAUUUUGGUAUACUGGCUUUAUGGUUCACUAGCAACAGAAUAGGUUUAUUAACUUUUACUAAUGCUUAAAUCAAAUAUAGUAGAGCUGGUAUGUUCCAUUGACCUUCUUAUGGUUCAAUUGCAAUAAAAUCUUCAAUCAAUCAUAGUAGGGAUAGGAGGUAUGCUCCAGUGACCAUAUAAAUUUUAUCUCUACCUAAAUUGCAAGUUUCCAAAGAGUUACCUAACCUUGUGAAAAUUGUGUUUGAAUGUUCUAAGAAUUGAGCUGCCAUUGACACCAUUUGACGUCCUGCUCAACAAUGAACUUUUGUGUACGCAAUUUGGCUUCUGUCAUUUGGAUUGAACUCUGGCUACAGAGUUUUUUUUCUCCAAAAUGAUGUCUUCCAUGAUCAAUUUGUUUGCGUAUCUGAAGACAAUUAACUUACAUUAAUUGGGUUUUGUAAUUUUUUUGAAUUGCGAAUAAGGGUUGUUAUUAAAUUUUUAAAAUCUAUCAGAUAGUGGAGAUAGAAAAGAUAUUUUUCCACUGCAUACAUCUUUGAUAAUACAUAUCCUAAUUUGUGAAUUUUCUAUUUCAUGAAUUUAUCCUAUUUAAGUCAGCGAUAAGUUAUUGAAAGAAGUAUGAUAUUUUUCAUGGUCCCUGUUUCAAGCACCUGGAAUUUAGGCAGUGUAUUGUGUUUUCUUUUAAAUUUUUAAGGGAAUCUUAACAAAUGGGAAUGUGUGUUCUAUUUAAUCAAAAUGUGUGUGUUAAGAUUUUAGAUGCUUUACAUCAAUUGGGUGGUAGGGGACACUUAGAAAUUAUGGUAAUUCAGUUUCAUUAAUUUUGUGGAAUUUAGUUUUGUCUCUUAAAUUAAUUGUGUCAAAAAAGAAAAAAAAAGGAAAACUCUGCACUGUUAUAUAUCCUUGGUGUAUCAAACAUGAUUACACGUCAAUCAUAUGCAUAAUUAUGGAAUUUUCCAGGACUGCUAAUAAAUCACAUGACAUUUGC